GCGCGAGGAAUCACGCAUGCGCGCUCGUCCCGCGUUCGGCUCGCUCCGCUGCUCCGUUCUGCGUUCGGCUCGCCUCGUUGCUCCGUUCGGCUGCGGGGCACAGCAGCAGGAGCAGCAAUAUAUCAGUUUGCUCGCGGUCAUCCGUGAGUCACGAGCGCACGAAGAGGAGAGGUUAACGAUGUCGCUGCUGCCGGGCGCGCUCCAAGCCCGACGAGGACGCCAGCGUCUUCCGUAGGCCACGCCGCGCGACGCGACGUGCCGUAUCGCAGCGUCGUCGCGACGCCACGCGACGCGCCUCGCUUCCCUCCGAGAAACGACGGCGGUGUGGCGUUGAUCCGCGCCUCCUCGUGACACCCCACGUCUCCGCGAGCCCCGAUGCGCUCCUCAUCGCGGGACCAUGGCAUCGGUGAAGGUGGCCGUGAGGGUUCGACCCUUCAACAAGAGAGAGGUGGCGAUGAACGAGAAGCUGAUCGUGCAGAUGAGCGGCAAGAGGACGCGGAUCUUUACCACCAAGACACCGGAUAGCUGCAGAGAUAUCGAUCGGGGGAAGUACAAAGACUUCACGUUCGAUCACUCUUACUGGUCCUUCGAUUCGAACGACGAAAACUAUGCGUCCCAAGAAGAGGUUUUCUACGAUCUUGGUACGGACGUAAUAGAAAGUGCCUUCGAAGGCUACAAUGCCUGCGUUUUUGCCUAUGGCCAGACAGGAUCCGGAAAGACCUUUACAAUGAUGGGCACGCCGGAAUCUCAAGGAUUGAUACCACGGAUUUGCAAGACGCUUUUCGCUAGAAUGGCAGCUGGAAAGGAAAGUGGGGCGUCGUACAGAACGGAAGUAUCAUUCUUAGAAAUCUAUAACGAAAGAGUGAGAGAUCUGCUUAGACUGGACCAAAGCCAAUCCCAUUCGCUAAGGGUACGAGAACACCCCACGGGAGGGCCUUACGUCCAAGAUCUAUCGUGUCAUCUCGUCUAUGAUUAUUCGGAUAUUCAGGAAUGCAUGGUGAGAGGUAACACGCACAGAACUACAGCCAGCACAAAGAUGAAUGACGUGAGUAGCAGGAGUCACGCAAUUUUUACGAUAACCUUCGUACAAGCUGGCCUCUCGGAAGGCAACAUGCCGUCAGAGACUGUUUCCAAGGUGCAUCUUGUCGACUUAGCCGGAAGUGAACGUGCGAACGCAUCCGGAGCGACGGGUCAACGACUGAAGGAAGGCGCGCACAUCAACAAGUCGUUGGUGACACUUGGCACUGUGAUAUCCACGCUGUCCGAACUCAGUUCUACUAGCGGCGACGCGUCCGUCACGAAACGCAACACGUUUAUUCCUUAUCGUGACAGCGUGCUCACGUGGUUGCUGAAAGAUUCCCUGGGCGGUAACUCAAAGACCAUCAUGAUAGCGACUAUCAGUCCGGCGGAAUGUAAUUACAACGAUACUCUCAGUACCCUCAGAUACGCCAAUCGUGCGAAAAACAUUAUCAAUAAGCCGACUAUCAACGAAGACGCGAAUGUGAAACUCAUCAGAGAGCUCAGAGCGGAGAUAGAAAAACUGAAGUCUCUCAUUGAUAAAAAUAUGAGCGUGGAGAAACCACCGCAGGUACUGUUGGCUCAAAUCCAAGAGAAACAAGAGCAAGAAAAGGUACUGACCGAGGAGUGGACCGAAAAGUGGCGAGAGACACAACAGAUUCUGCAAGAACAGAAAGCACUGGGAUUACGAAAGAGUGGGGUCGGUGUCGUUCUCGACUCGGAGAUGCCGCAUCUAGUUGGCAUCGACGACGAUCUGCUCAGUACCGGCGUUACAUUGUAUCACCUGAAAGAGGGAAAAACGCUAGUUGGCACGGAGGAAGCUCCCGUUGUUCAGGAUAUUGUGUUGACUGGUGCUGACGUGGAAUCGGAACACUGCGUGGUGGAACUGGAUAGUGGCGUAGCGACGCUACAUCCGCUCUCGCCCCACUGCUGGAUCAAUACUGCUCAAGUAGACAAACCGACAAGACUAUCGCAAGGCUGCAUCAUUCUCCUGGGUAGGAACAAUAUGUUUCGGUACAACGAUCCGGCCGAGGCGGCGAAACUCCGGAAGGAGGGCGGUUCGGGUAACGGCAAUCUGCAAUCAACGGUUGUCAAUCUAUCAAGGCUAUCGCUCUUAAGUUGGAGCGUCUCCGAUCUGCAUGCGUCCUGCUCUAGCGACAAUCUAUUAAACUCAAGCGAGGACCUCAGGGCAGUCGAGGAGUUGGAACAGCAGAAAGCCGCACUUCUAAAAGAGAAGGAAGACUUCAAGAGGGAACAAGAAGAGCGUGAGGAAAGAUGGGCCGCCAGAAGGGAAGCAUUAGAGGGAGCCCAACGUGAGUUGGAACGCGAAUGGGGCGCACAGUGGAAAGAAUGGGCGGAUGCGAUCUCAAUCCUAGAGUCGCGUCAACGUGAGCUACGCGCGCGCCGGCAUGUCCUGGAGCAAGAACGGCGGGACGAAAUGACGCAAGUAGAAAGUAUAUGUAGGGAAGUCGCCUAUCUGCGCACAUUAUUGCAGUCCAAACAUCGACAAUUGCAAGAACUCGUCAACAAUCAGGAACGCGCGCAAACUAAUCAGCGUCGAUGGGAAAAGACGGAUAACGGUGCUGGUGGUAGUGAUGACAGUCUGCCCGACUCUUGGUCCAGUUUCAAUGACGAAAAGUGUAUCGACAGUGUCAGGGAAUUAAUGAAUCAUCACAAAAAAGAACUAGCCGCUUUGGAGAACGAGCUGCAGAGCAAGGUCAAAUCUUUGAACGAACAUCAGAGCAAAGUAGAUAAGAUGGAGGAGGAACUGAUGGAGAUCGCAAAGAGGCAGAAGCAGAUAUUCAAGGCAGAAUUGGGAGGAGAAGGAGUAACGGAGAAGAAGCGAUUGUUGUCCAAACGGACUCAGGAACAGCUCGAGGAGAUUGUACGGCGUAAGCAGAGCCUGUCGUUGGACUUAAAACGCGCUACGCCCGCAUUUCUGGGCGACGGCUCUUCGUCGAACAGUUGCGACGAGACGGCCUUCAGCUGUAAUUCCAGAUCUUUUCAGGAAAAGAACAAUAGGAAGCAUCAGAUCGCCUCGGAUUUGAAUUUGUUGCCGCAGAGUAUACCGAGCUCCGAUACCGCAGAAACAUUCCACACCGCGGCGGCCGACUCUCCGGAAUUUCGUAUAGCUUUCGAGGACGUCGACAUGACGUCUAUGAGCGAUUUAAUAAAGAAUGCGUCUACAAACGAGAAUCGAAAUGACUACGAUGGCAGCUCAUCUGAGAUGGAAACUAAAAAUACGACGAAUGCGAAUAGUGUCAUUUCUAUGGAGUUGGUGAACGACGAGGAAAGGAAGGAAGAAUCGACCACGUUAUCUCAUAUACCAGAAAACAUGCUUCAGGAUACGUUGGAAUCGCCAAUACAGCAGAAUCCAGCGAUGAAGAAAUUGAACCAAAGAAUCGCACGUCAACGGAUAAUGGUGAUGAAAUGUCUGGAUGCCGGUACCCCGUCGAAGGAGGAUCUCAAUCGACAGAUAAUGAUACUGCAGGAUCUACAGAGACAGCAGAUCGAAUUGGAAGUGUCUUUAUUGGAGGAUGAACGGAAGAAUCAUUCCACAAGCCAGUUCGAGUGCAGCGAUGGCGAUGGCGACGGUGAUCUUGUCACCAACGAGACCGAGAAUCAUGUACAGAACGAAUCAAAUGCUUACUGUAGUGUGGUAGAAUCUACGAAUAAUAGCUCCGCCAUUCUAUUAACGGUAGCGCAAACCAGAUCUCAACUUUUCAGGAAUAACAGGCCUAAUUCUAACGAUCAAGAAACUUUGUCGGAAUCGUUAGCGUCUAAAAGAUCCUCCAGUCGAGGUUACUCAACAGUUUACUUAACGAGUCAGAAUCGCGGCGACCGCUUGAGUAGUCCGUAUUCUUUGACAAUCACGAGAUCUCUGCCGUCAUUAAUUGCGAAUAACGGCGACUGCGUAAUCAAUAUGAUCGUCAGUGUGCCGUCCUACGUGAUACGCGGAGCCGGUGCGUCUAGCCAUUACGAGUAUGAAGUACGAGUUGUGGCACAGGACGAUAGUUGGACACUGCUACGUAGAUACAGGAGGUUCCGGGAGUUGUAUAUAUCGAUGCGACAGAAGUACGGUAGCAAGGUCGCAGCAAUACGCUUUCCCCCACGUCAAGUCUUUCCAAAGUACGAAGUCGUAGCUAAGCAACGCCGGAAACGCCUCGAGGAAUAUCUUCGUCGAUUAAUUCAAGUUUGCUCGGAACUGCCGCACUGCGAGCCCCUAUACAAAUACAACGGCAAUCUUAGCAACAUAAACAAACAAUCCCUAUUGGAGUUCAGUCCGUUUUUCAGGCGUGGUAUGUUCGAGAGCGGCAAGUACGGAACUAGCUAAGGUAUUAUCGUGCAAGUCUCACCUGUUCGAAUGUUGAAGAGAAUGUGUGAGAGAAUUCAAUAAGUAAACGAAUAUGAUGUUUCAUCGUAUUUUUUCAUUUUUUUUUAAUUUAUUAAAAGUGUAGCAUCUCUAGCAAAAAAAAAGAUAAAUAGCAACGACGUUUGUACAGAAUGAGUCCUGUAACAUUUGUCGCGUAUACACAUAUCAAACUGAAUUUUCUCUUAAAAUUUACUCUCAAAAUCAUAGCAAAAUCGUGAGACAUUGUAGUUCGAACAUUUUAACUAUAAUUUUAGUAAAAUUAAAUAAAAGUUUAGUAGAAUUUUAGAAAAAUUUAAUCGAACUGGUUUAUGUUUAAUUAAUGGUGAUAUUAAUAAAUCAGAAUAAAUCAUAUAAAUCAUAUUCUUCAAAUAGCGUUGUCCCACGAUUAAGAAUAUAAUUCUGAUGAUUCUGAGAGUACAUUCUAAGAGAAAUUUCUUUUUCGUAUAUGUAAUAUAUUCCUUAAAUCACAUAUCAACUCUAGAAUUCAUAGAAGAAUUAAAAAUAAAAUUAAAAAUAAAACUAAAAUGUUCUAUAAUGUAUUGAUACCUUCAAUAAAAGUAUCACGAACCAUUUAUCAGUAACCCAGUUACAAAUGUUAAGUGACUCAUCCUGCUUUUGUAGUCGUUACAAAAAUAUAUGCUUCCAGAAGCUUAGCAAUUGUAAGACUGGUUUGUAGAAAAUGAAUGUUCUUCACUGAUACUGUCUCGUGCGCGCGGAAUAAAUUUGCAAAGAGACAUUAACGGGAGAACAACGUGAUAUAUUCUUUACGAGAGAGAUAGAGAGAGAAAGAGUAGACCGCGGUUGGCGAGACAAAACACAUAUCGCGUGACAGCGACUUAUUUUUUCCUUUACAAAUAUUUUCCUAAUGUCUUUUCAAUAGAAUCUCCCAGUAGAAUUCACAAAGUGUACCUUCCUUCGAUAUAGUCAAAUCAUGUAGUUGAUAUUAUUCCGAUUACGUUCAACUCGCACAAAUGAACGUUAUAGUAAAUUUUCAGGGUUGGAAAGUAACACGUUACUUAUAACGCCGUUAUUGUUGCAAUUAUUUUUUUUAGUGACGGACUGGUAACGGCGUUACUUUUUUCUGUAACUGUAACGAUAACGUAAAUACGUUUUUUUUUUUUUAGAAACAAAUUUAAUAGUUACAAAUUUUUUAACAAUUUUAUUAUAUUCAGAAAAUCUACAUAAAACAGUAUUUUUUAUCAUUUUAAAAUUUUAUUAAAAAUUUUUUUUAAUUUUACAAAUUUAAAAUAAAUUUAUUCCUUUCAUUAAUAUUUUAAAUAAAAUAUUUCACAAAUCUUUUAUUUAAUCUUUAUUUUUAAUAUUACAAAAUAACGGGAAAAGUAACGAAUCAUUACGUUUUAAAUAAUGAUAACGGUAACUAGUUACUUUUAAAAAUCAGUGACAAGUAACGGUAACUAGUUAUUACUUUUAAAAAGUAACUUUCCCAUCCCUGUAAAUUAUGAAGUGGCGAAAGAGCGAAUUCGUCAGCAGCCGUGACCAUAACUUCGUAUAGUUUACUCGAUAACCGAAGAGUAUUUAUUUUGUGCGUCGAAUAGCGUUUUGUAAGAGCGAUCCGAAGUAGCAAAUCAACUAGCGAAUUGAAAGAAUACUUUAUUAGCAUAAUAGUAGCAUAAUAGUUAUCGGCUUGUAAAUGUAGCAAUGUGUUACAAGCGAGAAUGAUAUCAUAUCUUUGUUAAAGUUCUUCCGUUUCCGGGAUUUAUCUCUGACUGUUAAUAACUUUUACCACUACUUCAGGUACGUGUUCUAGAGAUCCAAACAAGAAAAAAAAAUUCAUAUAGACAUGCGUUUAGAAAUGUCUUUUAUCAGUUACAAUUUCUUAAAAAUUCUUUUUAAAAAUCCAUUUUUAUUUUUGUCAUAUUUUCUAAAUUUAAGAUAGGAACAAAAUUAAAAUGCAAAAAUAUAAUGUUUGUUAAGUUUUUCACUCAGACUCUCUUUUUAUGGAGAAGAAAAGAUUUAAAAUCUUUUAAGUCUAAUUUUUUAUGUAAUACAUGGUUUCAGAGAAAAAUCUUUUUUUUGCAUUUUUAGACGAUUGUCUUCAGAAAGGUUAAGUAGUAUCAGUAUCUUAUUCCCCCAAAAUUAAAAUAUAAAACUUUAAAAAAAACUGAAAAAAAAUCGCAAUCCAAUAUGGAAACAGCUCUAUGCUCUUCGAAAUUAAAGAAAUUAAUAAAUAAUGAAUUAAAAAAUUGUUAUAUUGAUAAGAGGAUAUUUCUAUAGCCAUAUUUCUAUGAACUUUUUUUCGUACUGUGGCCUUUAAGUAUCUAAAGUAGCGAUAAAGAGAUUAUUAAUAUCCUCCGUUUGCUUGUUGUGCGUAAGAACGCGUGUAUGUGUACAUAAAUGUGUCUAGCGCAAGGGAUUAACAGAUCACUGUUAAAGUUUGAAGUUGUUAUGCAGAUAUUAGCAUUUAUUUGAAUAUUAAUACUAAACCAAAGUCAACGAUUACUAUCGAUUUUGGGAAGUAUCAUCGCAUUGCUAUAGAUGACAAUUGAUCAGAUCGAUCAGACUGUACAAUUGAACUAUUAAAAUUUACCAAAAAGAUUCUUAUUGGCGUGCAAAAAACUUUGAGAUAUAAAACUGUUAGUAUAAAAUUGCUUGUUUGUUACAUAGCCAGGAUUUCGCCUAUUCUAAUACAAAGAUGAAACAAAAAAGAAAAAUUACACUUUCAGCUUCGAGAAAACACUAUUAUAUUUAGUACGUUAAAUAAAAUAAAAUCUAUAUAAAAAAAACACUAAGCGCCACAAGUACGAUAAAUAUGCUUUUCGGUAGUAUGAUAAAAAAAAAAGGUAUUUAUUCCAUGGCUGUGUGUAAUAUGGAUUCGAGAGAACCUUACAGAUUCAUUCCUGGCUAAUAAUUAAUAAUAUAAUUAGUGAUAGCAAGACGCUCUUAUAGAGCACCGUUCAGAGGAUGCGCAUCGCGAAUACUAAUCGAGAUGUGUAUAAUGAGGCAGUUAUUACUUAUUCGAACGGACAUUACCUCGCGCUUCACACGAGCAUCAUCACGAUCAUCCACGUCAUUAUCCGCUUUUUUUUAUACAUGAAUCUACGAAACCUAUGUUCCAUAAGUGUAACAAUGGAGUACAAUAAAUUGUUAUAAUGCAGCGCA